AUGUCAGCCAAUGAUACGCUCUCUGUUGAAGACAAGGAGUUUCUUGCUCAAUGUGAAGAAGAAUUUAAAGAUAGAUUCACAGAUAAAGAUGAAGAAUUCAUGAAAAUAUUGAACGCUGAGCCAUCAACACCACCUAUUGUGUCUCCAUGGUGGACCCCACAAAAUUCUGGCCGCCAGAAUGACCACCGCAACAACAAACGGCAUCGUUAUGAACAGCACGGCGGCGGCAGAGACCGGUACGGAAGGAGAGACCAUAAUAACAGGAGAGACCAAGAUAGAGCAGACUAUCAAGAUCACAGAGGAUACAAUGACUAUGGAGACCGAAGCUAUGGCUACCAUAAUAAGAGACAUCGUUACUGA